AGCGACGGAUUUGAGCCGGAAAUGCAGAAGCAGAAGCAGUGUCCGCAGCCUAAGCAUUUGGCUCCGAUGCUCGAUCGAGCCCCUCCCCCGCCAUGAGAGACCCGAAGCAGAAGGCAGCAAGAGCUCACAAGCCGCGCCGCUUCAACAUGCUCGACAAGCUCAGGAAGCGCUACAGGUGGAGCUGGCUGCUCUGGGUCGCCCUCUCCGCCUACCUCUUCCUCCCGGCGCUCCCCUCCCUCCGCCGCUCCAGCUCCGGCUCCGAACCCCGCCCCGGCGUCCGGAUCUACGCCUACGACCUCCCGCCGCGCUUCAACCGGGCAUGGGUGGACGCCGACGCGCGGUGCGCGCGCCACCUCUUCGCCGCCGAGGUGGCCGUGCACGAGGCGCUGCUGCUGCGGCAGCGGCGGUCGGGCCUGCGCGCCGAGGAGGCCGACCUGUUCCUCGUGCCCGUCUACGUGUCCUGCAACUUCUCCACCCCCACGGGGCUCCCGUCGCUGGCGCACGCGCGCGGGAUGCUCGCCGAGGCCGUCGACCUCGUCCGCGCCGACAUGCCGUACUGGAACCGCUCCGACGGGGCCGACCACGUCUUCGUCGCGUCGCAUGACUUCGGCGCCUGCUUCCAUCCCAUGGAGGAUGUGGCCAUUGCGGCUGGUAUCCCGGAGUUCUUGAAGAGGUCGAUCCUGCUGCAAACAUUUGGUGUGCAGGGCAGGCACACGUGCCAGGAGGUGGAUCAUGUGGUGAUCCCGCCACACGUGCCGCCUGAGGUGGCCUGGGAGCUGCCGGAGCCGGAAAAGGCUCAUCGGGAUAUCUUUGCCUUCUUCCGAGGCAAGAUGGAGGUCCAUCCCAAGAACAGCAGUGGCCACUUCUACAGCAAGAAGGUGAGGACUGAACUAUUGCAGCUGUAUGGCCGCAACCGCAAGUUCUAUCUGAAGCGGAAACAGUACAACGGAUACCGGUCGGAGAUGGCACGCUCGCUGUUUUGCCUCUGCCCCCUUGGGUGGGCGCCAUGGAGCCCCCGGCUUGUGGAGUCGGUCCUCCUGGGCUGCAUUCAUGUUAUCAUCGCCGAUAACAUACGCCUGCCGUUUCCUGACGUCCUCCGGUGGCCAGACAUCUCACUACAGGUGGCUGAGAGGGACGUCGCCAGCCUCGAGGCAGUGCUCGACCACGUUGCGGCGACCAACCUGACGACGAUACAGAGGAACUUGUGGGACCCCGUGAAACGGAGGGCGCUGGUUUUCAACCGCCCCAUGGACGAGGGAGAUGCCACCUGGCAGGUUUUGAAGGAGCUUGAGGCGAAGCUCGACCGGUCCCGACAGCAAGGGAGUAAGAGGUGAUAUAACCGAGGUUCAGACGUUGAUACCAUCGCAAUGCAUGCAUUUUGAGCAUUCUGCAGUGCCAAAGUUCAGUGGAUAAGCCAGAAAUCCUCUUGUCAGAUGCUUCAGAUGCAGCGCAUCACCAUGAGCAUGCCAUUUUUGAGUUCAGACUGCAUCACCAUGAGCAAGCUAUUUUAGAGUUCAGAAGUCCUUUUGUCAGAUGCUAAUCAGCUAAUAUCUUAACUGGAAGCAGCAUAAGCUUUAUGCCGCAAAAGGGCAGCCUGGAUGGCAAAGCAGCCUAGUUCUGCACAGGAGAAAAUACACCAUUUUGUUCUAAGGAUCAUGAUGUGUAUUCAUGACAGUGACAAUAGAGUAACUAGAAGAGAAGUGUAUCAAAUAUCAAUCAACAGUGGAAUUAAUUGAAGUAGUUUUCUCACUAUGAUUGAGGAACCAAUGUAAUCAGAAUAGUCAAAUCUGAGUAUUGAAAACUUUGCCGAUGCCUAAAAUGACAAGUGAAAGAGGAUAGAUGUAACAAUUUGAAGGUCACCAAGUUAUCUCCACACACAUCCAUUCGCCCGGCAAAAUUGAAAUGCAAUUUUCUGCUCUCAAAAAGUUUUGGUAU